CAGAGUCGAACGGUUCGUAGUGCACGGAGCUGAAUUAUUGCAGUGAGUGAGUGUCGUUGCAGCAUCAUUCAACAGGAGUGGCAAAUAAAUAAAGGCAAAUGUAUUUGCGCGUGCGCCAAAAACUAAAUGCAAUUAAUUCAUUUACUACAAUUAGUGAUCAGUGACAAUUGAUUUUGAUUUUACUUUGCGCGCACUUUGAUUAACAACUAAAUGGCUUAACACUCAAACAACACAUCAAAAAUAACUAUAGAAAGUGGCUUAGUGCUCGUGUGCUUAAAGUAAUCUUUGACUGAGUUUUUUAAAAUGGAGCACGCCGGCUUCGAUGAUCAAAUCUUCGGUGACUUUAGCGGCGGCCCAUUAAGUCCAUUGGGCGCCAGUAAGCCGUUGCUUCCGACAUCCACGGCAACAGUCACGCACACUAACCUGCAUCCCGUGAUGCUGGGCAGUGUCGUUCACGAGCUAUGCAGCCAGCAACAGCAGCGGCUGCCCGAUUGCAACACAAUUUUGCCAAAUGGUGGCGCCGGCGGCGGUGGCUCUGGGUCGCCUAAUUAUGCGCAGAAAAUGGACUUUGGCAAUAAAUUGGGCUGCUUCUCGCCCAGUCAGAAAUACGAGUAUAUGACAACGCCCCAGAAGCUUGUAGAACAGCAACAGCAACCACAACAGCAUCAUCAGCAUUAUGCAGUAACACCGCCGCCUCCACUUUCGCAUCCGCACAACCACAAUGGCAUGUUGCACCAUAAGCCAUCCCAGCAGCAGCAACAGCAGCAGCAGCAGCUGGUGGGCAUUAUGAACGAUUACCAUGCGCUAAAUGGCAAGUUGGACUACUCGCCUAAGGAUCCUUAUGAGCCUCAGCCGCAGCAUGUUCAGAUGCAGCACCAGCAGCAUCUAUACGGCGGCAGUCCUCAUCAUAGUCAUUCGCAUGGCCACGUCCAUGGUCAUGAGGAUGCCAGCAAUGGCAAUGGCAAUGGAAAUGGGUUACUGGAAGCGACACCGCUGCUGCUCAGCAAUACGACAAACGGCAAACAUAAGAAGCCAGAGGAAAUGUGCGUUCAACUGGAGAAUGGAUCGUCAACGCCGAACGGCAUCACCAAUGGUAAUCCCACCAGUAACAGCAAUGCCAGCAACAACAAUAAUAACAGCAACAAUAAUAGCAGCAACAGUUCCGUUGUCCCUGCCACGAGUGGAGCGGGGUCAGCGGGCUCGGCUGUUGGCGGCGUUGUCGCGGUGCCAGCCGCCAAAAAGGACAACAACAAAAAGAAGGGCGAUCCCAAUGGCAUCAAAAAAAAGAAAACGAGAACCACCUUUACUGCUUAUCAACUCGAGGAAUUGGAGCGUGCGUUUGAGCGUGCUCCAUAUCCGGAUGUGUUUGCGCGAGAGGAGUUGGCCAUCAAGCUGAAUCUGAGCGAAUCCCGGGUGCAGGUUUGGUUUCAGAAUCGACGUGCUAAAUGGCGCAAACAUGAACCACCUCGGAAGACUGGAUACAUAAAGACGAAUACACCGCCGACGGCAGCACUGAACAGCACAUUGGCUCCGCCUUUUGCCAGUUUCCCACAGACGACAACGGUCACGCCGCCGGGCAGCAUGGACAGCUGGACAAGCUAUCAGACUCCUUAUGAGCUAAGCCCUCAGUUUAGUCUGCUCUCGCCGGCUGCUAGUCCCUAUGGCACCUAUUCUGGCCAGUAUGGCACCUAUGUGCACGAGAGCCAACUCUUUCCCAUGCGUCACUUUGACUACGGCAGCCCGCCACGCAUUGAGAUGAACGGCACCAGUGGUGGCGGUACAGCGAACGGCAAUCCGGAUGCCAGCGAUGGUUAUCAGUCGACCGAUCUGCAGCAGCAGCAGCAACAACAACAACAGCAGCACCUUGACGGGAGCACCAGUACUCAGCUAAUUACUGUACACCAGCAGCUGAAUGGAAAGUAUCUCAGUGCCGAGGAGGCUAAGUAUGUCCAAGUACAGUGCCAACCCCCAACGGGACUAGAGGAGAACACUGCUAGCUGUCAUAUGGAUGCGCAUCAUUAUGUCAGCGCUGUGGCGGCUGCAACCGCGGCAUCCGGCAGCGAUGACAACGACAGUGCUUUGCAUACUGUGAUCAAGAGCGAGGAAGCAGGCGUCACUGUUCAGCAACAACAGCAGCAGCAACAGCAACAGCAACAGGCGCAAAACUAUGUCCUGCCGCCUUUUUUGAACUAAGAGAAAUGCUCACACAGCGACGUCAGCAGCGACGCUUUGUCCCUGCCUCUGCCAGUGUCUCCAUAUUCGCCACAGCGCGCUUCAAACGGCCAUUUUGAUUUUACAAUACAAUCAAAUCAAUGCUGCCCAAAAUACCGUUGCAUGCGUGAGUGUGUGUGUGAGUGUGCAGCAUUUCAAACAGUCUUCAAAGUUUUAGAAAAUACCAAACAAAAAUAUAGAAAAUAUGGAGCAAUUAGCAGAAUUGCUGCCAUGGGUUCCUUGUAAUUUUAAGCAUAGUUAAGUUGACCGACAACCACAACAACAAAAUCAACAAGUCUUGCCAAAACUUAACGCUUUUUAUUAGCCUUACUAUUAAAAAUAAAAAACGUAAUUCUGUUGGCUUUUCCCAAUCGCCAACGUGUACGGAAUGCAUUCCAAAUGUGCCUUAUUAGCAGUGACCAGUUUGAUAAGACAAUGCGUUUCGCUUUGUCCCAAUUCUGGUUCAUUAUUAUUGCCUCUAGUUGUAUGUAUAAAUGUAGUAUAUCAAAAACUGUUGUGUAGAUAGACAAUAAAGUGUUUGUAUGUUUGUAUAAUUGGC